UUCAUUUUAUUAUACCAUUUGUUCAACUGUCAAAAUUAGCCUAUUACACAAACACUUCAAAGCCACCACAUGUAGAAGAAAUGUCUUAUUUUGGUGCCAUCUAGUGGUCACAUUAGUUAUUACAGUAGACAACAAUGCCUGCUAUAUUCCACACAAAUAAACUUAAUUUUAUGCCUUAAUAAUAAUUUGUGGAAGAUGUUAUGAUAAACAUUUCACACAUGAUAAAAGCAGAUGAAAGAGUUAGGGUUAGGGGUGAAUGAACCAUUUCUUAACUUUGUUAGCAAUUCUGGUAAAAUAUGAAAUGUUAAAGGAGGACUCCACUUUCACUCUUAUAACAUUGUCGGACUCAUGAUGGAAAGUAUCGAAAUUAAUGUAGCAGAUCCAGAGAUAUUGUCUUGUUUUCUUCCUUGUCAAAACCUGGUGCAUACAUCAAGUGACAUUAUUUGGAGCCACAAAAGGCUUUAGACAUCUUUUUCAUAUAAUCAGUAAUACUCCCCAUGACCUGUAAGCAGGCGUUGAUGUUUAGAAUCUGUGGAACCAGUAGCACUGUGCUGUUGUCAAUAACUGUUUUACAGUUCUCCUUUCUAAUGCAACUGUAGCAACUCUCGCCACUACCGAGGGUUCUCUCAGCACACAAACCCACAACGCAGGUUAAUAGUCCAGACCACUUUACUUAUUUCUCCGCCACACACACUCUUCACACAACACUUAACCUGCUUCAAAAGUCCAUGAAGGUUUUUUCCAGUUGUCCUUCCUGUUGUGUGUGUUGGGCCUUCCAGGUCCAGCACACUACUGUAUUAAGAGCGGUGAGUUUGACUACUCAAUGAGUACCAGCUGAGACAAUCCACUCACCUGGUGCUGCUCUCACAAGCCUUCCCCACACCUCUCUCUCCUGCAGCUGACUGUAAACCACACCCACCUCCACAGCAACAAAAUGUCAAAUACCUUUUUGACAGCAGCAACUUGCUGUAGCAGGAAACACAGGCGUGGAUAACUUUAAAAAUGGCAGAAUUCCAUUUAGGUGAACCUGGUAUAGCGCAUUGUGCUGUCUCACAUGGUUUACUGGGACACCUGAUGAAACUGAGCCAUCUUUUUUGCUAUAACAGUUCAAAAUGUCUGCCAUGAAAAAUGUCUAUUACCAGAAAACCCCAGAUCAAUAUCAUACCCCCAAUUCCAAAAGGUUUGCGAUGAAAGGACUGUUAAUAAUGCCAGUCAUCACACUUUUUUGGAUAAAACUGUAUAUUUUCUGUGAUCAACUUGCUGCAUAAAAGGUGAGAAGUAAAAAGAGGUGGACAGAAAUGUGCAGACUGGUGAUGGGUUAGACGUAAACUACAUUAUGAACAAUUAGACUGACAAAUGACUGACAUCACUGAGAACAGCUUAGCCUCGUAAAGAGCUUCUUGUUUACGGCGGAAAUGUUUUUGUUUAAUGCUCCUUAUAAUGUCCAUUUUGUCACGGUGGGAAAGUAUGGGUCAGUUUGUUUUAGCUUAUUUUUUACUCCAUCCCCACUCUCACAGAUGGAUCAUUGUAUCUAUAUAAGCUGUGAGUCAGCAAAGUACCAUCCCAUCUCUAACUAGAAAUGGCUGAUGGAGCAAGUGAUCCUCAUCAGUCGCUUGCUCUCCUCCUCGGCUUUCACAAUGUGGCUGUGUGAACUGUUUCUGUGGCUUGAUCUGAGGGUAUUGCUUUGGCUUUUUACUUUUGCCGUUCCCCUCGGAGUGUAUUUUCGGAACAAAAAGGAUCCACCUAACUUUCCACCAGGACCACCGGCUCUCCCUCUUUUAGGAAAUGUUUUCAGCAUUGAAUCUAAACAGCCUCACAUUUACCUAACCAAGUUAGCUGAUAUCUAUGGGAAUGUGUUCUGCAUACGUCUGGGAAGACACAAAACAGUGUUUGUGUCUGGGUGGAAGAUGGUGAAGGAAGCCUUAGUGACACAGGCUGACAACUUUGUGGACCGGCCUUACAGCCCCAUGGUGACCAGGAUUUAUUUAGGGAACUCAGCGGGGCUUUUCUUCAGUAAUGGGAACGUGUGGAGGAGACAGCGGCGCUUUGCCAUGGCCAUGUUACGUACUUUUGGUCUGGCCAAGAGCUCCAUGGAGCAGAGCAUCUGUGAAGAGAGCCAUCAUCUGCAGGAGGCAAUGGAGAAGGAGAAAGGAGAGCCGUUUGACCCUGUGCCCCUCUUAAACAACGCUGUGGCCAACAUCAUCUGCCAGAUAGUGUUUGGGAGACGGUUUGACUACAGUGACCACAACUUCCAGAGCAUGCUGAAGAAUCUGACUGAGAUGGCCUAUCUGGAAGGCUCCAUAUGGGCUCUACUAUAUGAUGCCUUCCCAGCACUGAUGAAACGCCUGCCGGGGCCUCACAAUGGCAUCUUCAGCAACUCCAAAUCUUUGGAGGCAUCGAUCAGGGGAGAGGUAGAGAGGCACAAGUUGGAUCUGGACCCCAGCAACCCAAGAGAUUACAUCGACACCUUCCUGAUAGAGGAGAAACACAACAGAAACAGUCAGCUGGGUUUUGACGACGGCAACCUGGUUUUGUGUUGUCUGGAUUUGUUCCUGGCUGGUAGUGAAACCACUUCGAAGACCCUGCAGUGGGGCCUCAUCUACCUCAUCAAGGACCCUCAUAUCCAGGGUGGGUGUUCACAUACUCCCACAGCAGCAGCACAGGAAAUAAGCUAUAGAUACUGAUUUAUUACCAGAGAAGUGGAAAGGUUCUGCUACACUUAAUGGAACGGAGCUUUAAUUAGUACACCUGUGUUUACCCUACAAUUGUGUGUCAAAAUGGCUGCUGUGAAAAGGU